AUGACGGCCCAACCUCUGGAAGCCCUCUCCGGAGGCAGCGCACAGAACACGAGAGCUCUUCUUAGAGUUAUUAUUCUGGGCUUGAUCGCAGCUGCCGCCAUUGCUAGCCGUCUUUUCUCCGUCAUUCUCGACCCCUGGUUCAACUUCAGAGCGACCAAAUAUCUUGUGGCCAAUGGAUUCUACAAGUUUUGGGAUUGGUUCGAUGACCGCACAUGGCAUCCUCUUGGUCGGGUUACUGGAGGAACUCUCUACCCUGGUCUCAUGGUGACCAGCGGCGCCAUCUACCACGCGCUUCGAGCUCUUACCGUCCCCGUCGAUAUCCGCAACAUCUGCGUCCUCCUUGCGCCCGCUUUCUCCGGCCUUACGGCUUACGCUGCCUAUCUUCUCACAAAUGAGAUGACCACCUCGCCCUCGGCCGGUCUCCUUGCCGCUGCCUUCAUGGGCAUUUCCCCCGGUUACAUCUCGAGAUCCGUUGCCGGCAGUUACGACAACGAGGCCAUCGCCAUUUUCCUUCUCGUCUUCACCUUCUACCUGUGGAUCAAGGCAUUGAAGCUGGGCUCCAUGCUUUGGGGAGCUCUUUGCGCCCUCUUCUACGGUUACAUGGUCGCCUCCUGGGGUGGUUAUGCCUUCAUCACCUGCAUGCUGCCUCUGCAUGCCUUGACCUUGGUCUGCAUGGGCCGUUACAGCACCCGCCUCUACGUCAGCUACACCACGUGGUAUGCCUUGGGUACUUUGGCCAGCAUGCAAAUUCCCUUCGUCGGCUUCUUGCCUGUUAAGACCAGCGAGCACAUGCCGGCUCUGGGUAUGUUCGGUUUCCUGCAGCUGAUUGCCUUCAUCGACUACGUGCGAAGCGCUAUUCCCAGCCGUCAGUUCCAGACCUUCCUCUACACCUUCCUGGCUGCGACUUUCGGCCUGGCGCUGGCUGGUCUGGUGGCCUUGACUUCCCUUGGCUACAUUGCUCCUUGGGGCGGUCGUUUCUACUCUCUGUGGGAUACUGGAUACGCCAAGAUCCACAUUCCCAUCAUCGCCUCCGUCUCUGAGCACCAGCCUACCGCGUGGCCUGCGUUCUUCUUCGACCUCAACCUGCUUAUCUGGCUCUUCCCUGCUGGUGUUUACCUCCUCUUCCAGGACCUCAAGGAUGAGCACGUUUUCGUCAUCGUCUAUGCGCUCUUUGGCAGCUACUUCGCUGGUGUGAUGGUGCGCUUGAUGCUCACCCUGACCCCCAUCGUGUGUGUCGCGGCUGCCAUCGCUGCUUCGCAGAUCCUGGAUACCUACAUGGUCGCCAAGUCUCCCAACCCCGAGGAGUACAAGGGCGAUGAGGCUGUCGAGGCGACUCCCAAGAAGGCCAAGCAGGGUGGACUCAAGUCGACCAGCAAGCCCCUUGUCGGCAUCUACACCUUCCUGUCCAAGGGUCUUGUUGUUGGUGGAAUGUCCAUCUUCCUCCUGCUGUUCGUCCUCCACUGCACCUGGGUUACCUCCAACGCCUACUCGUCGCCCUCCGUCGUUCUCGCUAGCAGAAUGCCCGACGGAAGCCAGCACAUCAUUGACGACUAUCGUGAGGCGUACCAGUGGCUGCGUCAGAACACCAAGGAGGACGCCAAGAUCAUGUCCUGGUGGGACUACGGCUACCAGAUUGGUGGCAUGGCUGACCGCCCUACUCUGGUCGACAACAACACCUGGAACAACACCCACAUUGCCACCGUUGGUAAGGCGAUGAGCUCCCGCGAAGAGGUCAGCUACCCCAUCAUGCGCCAGCAUGAGGUUGACUACGUGCUCGUCGUCUUUGGCGGUCUCUUGGGCUACUCAGGAGAUGACAUCAACAAGUUCUUGUGGAUGGUCCGUAUUGCUGAGGGUAUUUGGCCUGAGGAGGUUCAGGAGCGCAAGUUCUUCACGCCCCGCGGCGAGUACAGAGUUGACGAUGGCGCCACCGAGACCAUGAAGAACAGCUUGAUGUACAAGAUGUCCUACUACAACUACAACUCGCUCUUCCCUCAGGGCCAGGCCCAGGACCGUGUCCGUGGUGUUCGCCUUCCUGACGUUGGACCCACCCUCAACACCUUGGAUGAGGCUUUCACCAGUGAGAACUGGAUCAUCCGUAUCUACAAGGUCAAGGACCUUGACAACGUCGGCCGUGACCAUGCCGCUGUUGCUGCCUUUGAGAGAGGCCAGAAGAAGAAGGCGCUGAAGAAGAAGCGCGGCCCCAGAGUCCUCAGAGUGGACUAA